AAUAUCUUGCUGCUUUCUCUUCAGGCCCUCUAUCUAAUUGCCACGAAUGGCAAACCAGAAAUCAAAGAUGCGGACAAACUCAGCUCUGAUUUCCGGGAUUUCCUCGACUGCUGCCUUGAAGUUGACGUUGAGAAACGCGCAACUGCUCGCAGUCUUCUCAAGCAUCCAUUCAUCACCCGGCAUUCAAAGUCGGUUUCCUGUCUGGUUCCUCUCAUACUGGUUGCUAGGGAGCAAGUGACCGCACAUGCCCAGGAAUGA